GAGACUGCGCAAUAAACAUGGGGAGUUAACGUAGUGACAGCCUAACCGACGUUUAUGUCAUUUUUUAUAUUUUGUUCAUUCCUUGUACCCUGUGCUCUAUAGACAGCCGAUUUAGAAGUAUUUGUUUUUGGAAGCCAUGCGGCGGAGCAAGGCUGAAGUGGACCGCUACGUUUCCUCGGUACAGAGUUCCUCUCCCUCACUCAAAGAGAAGCCAGUCAAAGGGUUUUUAUUUGCUAAAUUGUACUUUGAAGCAAAGGAAUAUGAUCUUGCAAAACGACAUGUAUCUGAGUAUCUCAAAGUGCAGGAGAGAGAUCCGAAAGCACACAAAUUCCUUGGACAGCUUUACGAGACAGAGGGAGACAUCAACAAGGCAGUAGGAUGUUACAAGCGGUCAGUGGACUUGAACCCAGCCCAGAGGGACCUGGUGCUGAAGGUGGCUGAGUUACUGGUCAGUAAGGAGGAAUGUGACAGCAGAGCAGAGUUUUGGGUGGAGAAAGCUGCCAAGCUGCUGCCAGGAAACCCUGCAGUCUUCAACCUGAAGGAGCGUUUGUUGAGUCGUCAGGGUCAGCCAGGUUGGAACCGGCUGUUUGACCUCCUCCAGGCCGAGCUGGCAACGAGGCCGGCUGACGCUCACGUGAACGUGAAGUUGGUUCAGCUGUUCUGUCAGGACGGGCGGCUGGAUGAAGCCGUUAAGCAUUGCCUGGCUGCUGAGAAAAGGGGCAUGCUGAGCCACAGUCUGGACUGGUACACAGUGGUGUUACACACACUGCAGGAGUAUCUAGCUCAGCCCAGCGUCUCUAGUAAUGAGAAGAUGUGUCGUCGUCUCCAGAGAGAGCUGCUAUUGGCUCACUGCAGCCUGCUGAGAAUCACACUGUCUGAGAGCAACGUGCAGCCCAGCCUCGAUGCCCUCGCUGGUUUUGACCGAGCUAUGCAGACGCUGAGCGGCGUUGCUGGCCGCCACACAGAUGAUCUAUGCGAAGUGUUUGUGGAGAUGAGAGGUCACCUCUACCUGCAUGCUGCCACACUGCUGUUGAAGCUGGCUCAGGAUCGCCAACAGACCUGGAGGGCUGUCAUUGACCUGGCUGCACUAUGCUACCUGCUGGCGUACCAGGUCCCCAGACCAAAGGCUAAAGUGACCAAAAGAGACCAGUCAGCCCCACAGCUUCUGGAGCUGCUGGCCAAUGACCGACAGAGUCAGGCCGGCCACAUGUUGCUAAAUCUGAGCACUGAUUCAUCCGCCUUGAUCAGAGAGGUGGUGGAGGCGUUUGGGAACCGUAGCGGGCAGGACUCUCUGUUUGAACUCCUGUUUGGACCACAGGCCUCCAUUAGUUCUUCCUUUAUUGCCAAUGAUGACAUUCGUUCCAUUAACACCAUGGCUCCAGAUCUCUCUCAGCUGGCCAAAUGGGACGCUGGCUCCAUCCUGCUGCAUAGUGGUGACUUGCAACACCUAAGCUGGUUGGGGCUACAGUGGACCCUUCUGGCUCAAAGACCGGCCCUGCGGAACUGGUUACAGCAGCUCUUUCCAAGGCUCACUCUGGAAACCUCCAAACUGGACACCAACGCGCCAGAGUCCAUCUGCCUGUUAGACCUGGAGGUGUUCUUAUAUGGAGUGGUGUUCUGUAGCCACUGUCAGCUCCAGGAGACGGCGAAGAUCAGCAGUGGAGUGAAUCAGCAGCAACAGCAGCAGCUUUAUGAGCCUCGCUGCCUCCCCCUCCCCCUCCUUCGCCUCUUGACCACUGACAGACAGAGGGAGUGGUGGGACGCCGUCUACAGCCUCAUUCACAAACGAGCAGCUCCUGGCAUGUCAGCUAAACUGCGGAUGAUUGUGCAGCAUGGACUGAACACUCUGAGGGCCAGAGAGAAGCAUGGGCUCCAACCAGCACUGGCCAUCUACUGGGCUCAGUGUCUCUGCCAGACGGGUGAUGGAGUGCACUCGUACUACGAUCAGAAGGAGUACAUCGGCCGCAGCGUCCACUACUGGGAAGUUGCGCUUCCACUUUUGGAAAAGAUCAAGAACCGACGCAGUAUACCUGAACCCCUUGAACCCCUCUUCAUACACUUUCCCUCCAAAGAUAUUCAGAUUUCUUCUGUUAGGGGUUAUGAACAGGAAGCCAAGAUAGCAUACGCGGCUCUCCUCGACAUCGAAGGCAAGACGGAGGAGGCCAUUGCUACCUUGGAAACCAUCAAUAACAUGUCAUCCAUCUGGCAAUUGGCACAGAUCUAUCAGCGGCUAUCAGAGGAGGCCAGCAACGGGCUUGAGGAGACCCAAGAUAGGUGCAUCACUUUUCUGAGAAAGUUCCGGACCUACUUGUCAAAAAUCUACAAUGCUAAUGCAGAUGAAAUUGAGAAGCUGCCUGUUUCCAUGGAGGAGGUUGUGGACCUCCUGAACGAUGUGAACCAGCAGCUCGGGGACAGUGGGGAGGCCAUGGAUGAAGAGGAGGAGAAGGAGGAGGCGGGGGGUCGAAGAGGGCCAACCCACUCCAGCCCUGCUCAUCCCACAGAAAUCUCUGCCACCAUAUCCCACAUAAAGUUUUCCACUCCCUCUCCUAACAAAAGCAUCGUCUCUCCUUCCAAAAGACACCUGAUUUCUCCCAAGACACCGCCUCAUUGGGUGGAGGACCAGAAAAGUCUCCUCCAGAUGCUGUGUCAGCAAGUUGAAGCCCUCAAGAAUGAGGUCCAUGAUCUGAGACACAACUCUUCAGGGACAGCAGGUUCCCCUCAUCACAAGAUGUAUGGGGAGAGCUACGGGGCUGAGGGCCUACAGGAGCCUUUUACCCCAGUCCAGUCCUACCAUGGGGCCCCACUAACAGUUGCCACCACAGGCCCCUCUGUGUAUUACAACCAGUCUCCAGCUUAUAACUCUCAGUAUCUCCUGCGCACAGCAGCAAACGUGACCCCCACCAAGGGUCCAAUGUAUGGUAUGAACCGUAUGCCGCCUCAGCAGCAUAUGUAUGCCUACCAGCAGCCCACUCAUACACCUCCAUUGCAGACAGCCCCAGCCUGCAUUUACCCUCCUCAAGAGCAGGUCUUUGGUGCCCCUCUUCGGUUUGAAUCGCCAGCCACAAGCCUUCUUUCCCCUUACAGUGAAGAAUACUAUGGCCAGAGUGUAACCCACCAAACCACUAACCCUCCACUGCCUGAACCUGGCUACUUCACCAAGCCAGCUGUAAUCCCUGUUCAGCCUCCAAAGAGCAUAGAGGGAAAGCCUAUGGACUUUGGGAAACUCUCCUUCAGUCAGCAGGCACCUGCUGAAGUCCCAAAAGUGCCUAGCUUUGGAGCAGGGGCAGUUGCCCAGUCAACGCCUUCAGCUGCUUUUAAAUUCAACUCAAACUUUAAAUCCAACGAUGGAGAUUUCACUUUCUCAGCUUCCCAGGCCAAGCACAGUGAAAGUCUGCUUGGUCUUCUUACGUCAGACAUGCCCACUAAAGCAGAGGUAUUGGAAACCUCAGAGAAGCCUUCAGCCCAUGAGCAGCCCCCCAGUCAAACCGGCAUCUUCACCUUCGGCAAUAAAAAUGUUACUGGCUUCUCCUUUGUUGAUUCUGCGCAAAGCACAGGCACUGGAAGUCUGUUUAGCAAGGUGGACCAGCCAUUUAAAUUUGGAGAUGUUAUCAAGCCAGUGUUUGGGGUUGUCCAGUCUGCAGCAGAAGAGGAAAGAGCAGCGGAGAGCGACAAUGACAGCACUCAUGUUGAGGAGGAUGAGGAUGGUCCACACUUUGAACCCAUUGUCCCUCUUCCUGAUAAAGUAGAUGUGAAAACAGGUGAGGAGGAAGAGGAGGAAAUGUUUUGCAACAGGGCAAAGCUAUAUCGAUUUGACACAGAGACAAAAGAGUGGAAGGAACGGGGCAUUGGCAAUGUUAAAAUCCUGAAACACAGCACUAAAGGGAAGGUCCGCCUCCUAAUGAGAAGGGAACAGGUCCUUAAGAUCUGUGCAAACCACUACAUCAAUGCGGAUAUGCUGUUGAAACCCAACGCUGGCUCUGACAAAUCCUGGGUCUGGAACGCCAUUGAUUAUGCAGAUGAAGAGCCUAAGCCCGAACAGCUGGCCAUCCGCUUCAAAACUGUAGAUGAAGCGUCACUUUUCAAAGCUAAAUUUGAGGAAGCCCAGAAAAUUGUGCUGAAAUCAUCAGAAAAGCACGGUCAGCCCGAUGAGAAGAAAAAGGAAAGCUCAAAAGAUUCUGAUUCGCUGGCAGCCCAGUUUGGUCUUAAAGAAGGGGAAUGGGACUGCACUGUAUGCUGUGUAAGAAAUAAACCCAAGGAAAUGCGAUGUGUCGCUUGUCAAAGUGCCAAUCCCAAUUCUUCAUUCAAGCCAGACAUUCAGUCUGCUAGUGAACCCAAAGCCGGUCCCUUCACUUUCAAAUUUGGGACUGAUUCAUCAAAACCCAGCAGUUCUGGCUCUACAUUUACUGGAUUUGGUGCUUUUGGAGCGUCUAUACCCUCCUCAUUUACGUUUGGUACCAGCACCUCAAAACCCGCUGACACAGUAAUAAGCUCGUUUGGUUCUGGCUUUGGAGCUCAGUUUAGUAAGAAGCCAGGGCAAUGGGACUGUGACAUAUGCAAAGUAAGAAAUGAAGCCUCUGCAGACAGUUGUAUUUCUUGUAAAGCUCUUAAAGCAUUACCUAAAACAACUGCAACAGCACAAACCGCACCAGCUGCAGAUGCACCGGCAGUGCAGCCAUCUAUAUCUGCUAUGGGUUCUGGCUUUGGAGCUCAGUUUAGCAAGAAGCCUGGACAGUGGGACUGUGACAUAUGCGAAGUAAGAAAUGAAGCCUCUACAGACAAGUGUAUUUCUUGUAAAGCUCUUAAAGCAUUACCUAAAACAACUGCAACAGCACAAACCGCACCAGCUGCAGAUGCACCGGCAGUGCAGCCCUCUGGAUCUGCUGUUGGCUCUGGGUUCGGUGCCCAGUUUAGCAAGAAACCUGGGCAGUGGGACUGUGAUGUAUGCGAAGUAAGAAAUGAAGCCUCUACAGACAAGUGUGUCGCAUGUAAAAGCCCCAACCCUGCUGCUAAAUCAACAGGGCCAUCACAUCUGCCAGCAGUGUCAGGAUUUGGGGCUGAUUUAGCAAAAUAUGAUGGGCAGUGGGACUGCGAUGAAUGCUUGGUCAGAAAUGAUGCAUCAGCUGCUGAAUGUGUUUCCUGCCAUGCCCCACACAAAGCUGGCUCUUUAGAAGUCAUGUUUGGAAAGAAGCAUGGGGAAUGGGAUUGUGACACCUGUCUGGUGAGAAAUGAUGCCUCUGCCAAUAAGUGUGUGGCCUGUCAGACACCAAAUCCAAAUGCUAAAAGCACAACAAGCACUGCUCCCUCUGCCUCCACGUUCAGCUUCAGCUUUGGAACCAAGAGUUCAUCAAACCAGCCUGCUGGAACUGGAUUUACAAUGCCUUUUGAAACUGGCAGUACCUUCCAGUUUGGUCAAAACAAAGAAGCUAACUCAGUUUCUUCUUUCAAGUUUGAAGUUCCUCAGUCCGGAUCUAGUACCACAACUUCUUCAGGCUUCUCUUUCUCAAUGCCUAAUUCAGCUGGUGGCUUCAAGUUUGGCAUUGAGGAACCUGCAAAAGAAACUUCAUCCGCUGGUGAUCCAACACCUCCAUCAGGGUCAGCCUCCAGUUUCCUGAAAAGCAUAGCUGACAAACACAAGGAGAAAGAAAAUGUAUCUACACCCUCAGUAGGCCAAACAGAGGAAGAUGAAAAUCCAUUAAUUGCUGGAAAAAGCAAUGCAUUCAGUUUUGCAGACUUGGCAAAUUCCUCUGGGGGAAACUUCCAGUUUGGCCAGAACAACCCCAGUUUUUCUGGUGCUGGUGAGAAGUUAUUCUCAUCGUUACAAGCAACCCCCACCAAGACAGAUGCCUCAAAUGAGCUGGAUGACGACGACAUGUAUAAAACAGAGGAAAAUGACAAUAUCCAGUUUGAUCCAGUGGUCCAGAUGCCAGAAAAGGUGAACCUGGUGACAGGGGAAGAAGAUGAACAGGUUCUUUAUUCUCAGCGUGUGAAACUGUUCCGAUUUGACGCCAACUCCGGUCAGUGGAAAGAGCGUGGUGUAGGAAUCCUUAAAUUCCUGAAAAACAACAGUAAUGGCAGACUAAGGGUGCUGAUGAGAAGAGAGCAAGUCCUGAAGGUGUGUGCCAACCACUGGAUCACCACCACCAUGAAUCUUAAGCCCUUGUCAGGCUCAGACAAAGCAUGGAUGUGGUUAGCCAAUGACUUCUCUGAUGGCGAUGCUAAAACUGAACAGUUGGCUGCUAAGUUCAAAAACCCAGAGCUUGCUGGGGAGUUUAAGGAGAAGUUUGAAGAGUGUCAGAGACUUCUCUUGGACAUCCCCCUACAAACACCCCACAAGCUUGUUGACACAGGCAGAACAGCACGCCUCAUUCAGAAAGCAGAGGAAAUGAAGUCUGGUUUGAAAGACCUGAAGUCCUUCUUGACAGAUGAGAAAACAAAGAUCAAAGAUGACGACAGCCAGGUAGAAAUUACAUCAUCUAGCAAUGUUUCAAGCCUUGUAAACAAGCCUCACGGCGAAACCACCGGCCCCACCUUGGAGUGGGAUAACUACGACCUAAGAGAAGAGGCUUUAGAUGAUACUACUGACUCAUCAGUCUAUGCCUCUCCCCUCGCCAGCAGCCCCCUGAGAAAGAACCUUUUCCGCUUUGGGGAAUCCACUUGUGGGUUCAACUUCAGCUUCCAACCUGGCAUCAGCCCCUCCAAGUCUCCUGCUAAGCUUAACCAGAGCAGAGCCUCAGUGGGUACUGAUGACGAGCAGGAUGUAACCCAGGAGGAGGAGAGGGAUGGCCAGUACUUUGAACCUGUGGUCCCCUUGCCUGAUCUAGUGGAGAUUUCUACAGGAGAGGAAAAUGAACAGGUGGUCUUCAGUCACAGGGCCAAACUGUAUCGCUACGAUAAGGAACUGGCUCAGUGGAAGGAGAGGGGUAUUGGAGACCUCAAGGUCUUGCAGAAUUAUGACACCAAACGAGUGAGGUUGAUAAUGAGGAGAGACCAGGUACUUAAGAUCUGUGCCAACCACUGGAUCACAGUAGCUAUGAAGCUUGAACCUAUGAAGGGCGCAGAGAAGGCCUGGGUCUGGAGUGCCUUGGACUUUGCUGAAGUAGGAGAGGGAAAUAUUGAGCAGUUGGCUGUUAGAUUCAAGCUGCAGGACACUGCAAACACAUUCAAACAGGUCUUUGAAGAGGCCAAGGUUGCACAAGAAAAAGAGGAACUCAUGAUUCCAGUGACAUCCAGGGUUGCCGCACCUCAGGACCGUGGAGCCACAGCAUCUGCAGAGACAUCUGCUACAACUGUGUGUGGGAAGGCAGCAAUCGCUGUUCUGGAAGAGACCACAAAGGAACGCACAGAGCUUUCCCCCGACAAUAAGCCAUGUGCACCUGGGUCUCCAAGUCCAGUCAACCCCACAAAGACAGUGGUGUCACCCCCUAAGUUUGUCUUUGGGACUGAUAGCGUUCAGAAGUUCUUCGGUUCCCCUAAAUUUCACUCUGAGGCUGAGGAUUCACCAUCCGGCUUGAAAGCCAAAGAUUCUGGACGUCCUGCCAAGGCUUCGCUUGCAGCACCUGCAUUCAAAAUCCCAGAGAAAGGCUCACCUCAGGCAGAAGGAGGCGGUGCAGGGUCGGAUGAGGACUCUGAGGUGGAGGUUGUGUAUGUCAGGGAACCCACCGCUGAACAGGCAGCAUUAGCCAGGAAACUUCUGCUGCCUCCCACCUUUUUCUGUUACCAGAACGAACCAGGCUAUACCAGCGACGAUCAAACGGAUGAUGAAGACUACGAGUCAGCAGUUAAAGCACUGAAUGGAAAGCUUUACCUUGAUCCUCCUGAGAAAAGGGCUGCAGCAUGUGGUGAAGAGCCCGACUGCCAGGUGGUGUGGGAGAAGAAGCCAACGCCAGAGGAGGAGGAGAAGGCCAAAAGCCUCCAGCUGCCACCCACCUUCUUCUGCGGCAUUAGCACCACAGACAGCGAUCCGGACCACGACAAGCCUGAAGACUUUGAGACAGAAGUUCGCAAAGCACAGCAAGACCUGGAUUCCCAGUUAAACCAAGCUGAAAGGGCCUCCAGCCUCCCUGCUGAAGCCCCAGAAGAGCCGACGUCAGGCCCGUCAUCCAGCACCACAGAAGUUGCAGGCAGCACACCAACUCCAGAGGAGCAGACCUCAGACCAGCCUGCAGAGACUCAGAGUGAAGCUCCUAGCAGCAGCUCUCCUAUUGAUCUGUCAACUAAGAAGAGUCCAGAGCCAGAGUCCACUAUUUGGACUGCAGCUGCGGCGUCUACUGCUACAACAGCUAGUCAAGACUCUUCCAACUUCGGCUUCCACUCAUUCGGAGGCUUCUCUUUUGCGGACUUGGCCCAAAAGACAGACGGAUUUGCAUUUGGAGCAAAACAAGACAACUUCUCAUGGGCAAACGCGGGAGCAACGGUAUUUGGGUCCGCAGCGACCUCGGCGCCAAAAAACAACGGCAAUGAGGAAGGCAGUGAUGAAGAGGAUGCUACUAAUAAUGUGGACAUUCACUUUGAGCCAAUAGUGUCACUACCAGAGGUGGAGACAAAGUCUGGAGAGGAGGACGAGGAAAUCCUGUUUAAGGAGCGCGCCAAGCUGUUCCGAUGGGACCGGGACCCCGGCCAGUGGAAGGAGCGUGGCAUCGGCGACCUCAAGAUCCUCUUCCACCCAACCAAACAUUUCUACCGAAUCCUGAUGAGAAGAGAGCAGGUGCUGAGGGUUUGUGCGAACCACACCAUCACAACGACGAUGGAACUUCGUCCCAUGAACACCACACCCAACGCAUUGAUCUGGACUGCCACCGACUACUCAGACGGCGAGGGUGUGGUGGAGCAGCUGGCGGCUAAGUUCAAAACCCCCGAGAUAGCCGAAUCCUUCAAGAAGACCUUCUGCGAGUGUCAGAGCCGCAUAGGCCAGUCAGAGCCGCAGAUGUCCAGAGUUCAAGAGCACUCCAGAGACACUAACCCACAGGUGUUCCUCAAAGUGGCAGCCGACGGCCAACCACUGGGAACCAUCACUAUUGAGCUUUUCCACCAUAUUGUCCCCAAGACAGCGGAAAACUUCAGGGCUCUCUGUACCGGCGAGAAAGGCUUCGGGUUUCGGGACUCCAUCUUCCACAGGGUCAUACCGUCUUUCAUGUGUCAGGCUGGUGACAUCACCAACAGUGAUGGCUCAGGAGGCAAGUCCAUCUACGGCAACAAGUUUGAGGAUGAGAACUUUGACGUUCGGCACACGGGCCCGGGCAUUCUGUCAAUGGCCAAUCGCGGGCGCGACACCAACAACUCGCAGUUCUUCAUCACCCUGAAGAAAGCCGAACACCUGGACUUCAAACACGUGGCUUUCGGCUUUGUUCGGGACGGCAUGAAUGUGGUGCAGCAGAUGGAAGAGCUGGGCACGAAGGGAGGCACGCCCACAAAGAAGCUUGUCAUCACAGACUGUGGACAGCUGUAGCUUUUUAAAUGUUAAGAUCAAGGUUACAGCUUGGUUUAGGUUAUGAAUUUAGGGUUUAAAAAUAAGACUUUGGAUAAUGAUGUGUUCCCUGUGCAGUGCAUACCCUCCUGAUUAAAACUGAAUCCAUGGUCAUUAGGCAUCUGAGAAUUGAAACACUGAUCACAGGACUACUGAUCAAGAUUCAUCAUAGAAAUUUGGCUCCAGUAGCCUGACAUUUAGAGAUUAUUUUUGCUACCUUAUAUCGGUCACAAUGGGGAACCUGCCGUAGUAUAUGGGAGGAGGCAAACAAACUUUUGCUCUGUUGCACUUGCAUCUUUAUCAUCACCUGUGAUUAAAUUCUUAUGUGUUUAUUUUGUGUGUGUAUAAUUGUACAUGGACUACAUUUUUAAUGUGUUUUUGUUUUGUCUUGCAUGUGCAGAGUUUCGCUGUGCUGGCACCUAUUCGUAAAUUUACUUAUGUAUUCCCCCCCCCCCUUUUUUUUUUUUUUAUUUGGAAGAAGUCUUAACUAUUAUUGAAAGGUGAGGUUGUUAUUUGUAACCAGCCCCUGCCUUCUCUCCAAACGCUGCGUCUGUGUACUUUUUACUGUCAGGCUCCCCCUGUGAUUUUUCUUUGUGUAACUGGAUUUCACAGUGUGCAGGCAGAUAAUUGGACUUCAUACUUGCCCACAUAAACUCGAGUCAUCUCACUGUGUUGCCCUGUGGACGGAGGGUGGCUAGAUCGUGACUUUACACCUGGUUUGGAUUUUACAGAGGCCAUCUGUUAUAGUUUGUGAAUAUCGGAGUUGAAACGGUGCUUCUUGUACCAAAAUAAUAUGCUGAUAAAGGAGAAAUAAAGUUGCUUUACAAGUAA